UUUACAGGGUUGUUUAUAAAGGACACUUGGCGGUGUAGCAAGUAACUUUAAGCUCGGUGUUAUGAGUGUAAUUAUUUUUUCUUUCUCAGCAUGUCUCGAGUGCUUAUAGUCGGAGCUGGACUGACAGGAGGGCUUUGUGCAUGUCUCCUGCGCCGAGGAUUAACAAACCCAGUUCAGCUAGUGGUGUGGGACAAGGCGAGGGGAGCAGGGGGAAGAAUGUCUACAUGCAGAAGUCCAAAGAAUUUGCUUUGCACAGUGGAUCUCGGUGCUCAGUACAUCACUGCCACACCAUAUUAUUCCAAAAUUCACAAAAGUUUUAUUUUUCUUCUAUCCAGUUUUUAUCAAGAACUCCUAAUGCAUGGUAUUUUCAAACCACUUGUGGGCACAGUGGAGGGCAUGAUGGCAAUGGAGGACGGCACUGUAAACUAUGUAGCUCCAUCCGGAACGUCGUCCAUUGUUAAGCACUAUCUCCGAGAGUCAGGAGCAGAGGUGCUCUUCGGUCAUCACGUCACCCACGUUUACCGCAGAGGCCCAUGCUGGGAGGUGCACCGGAAAGAGGGCUCACCAGAGCAGUUUGAUGUGGUGGUUUUAACUAUGCCCAUCCCACAGAUACUACAAUUACAAGGAGACAUUGGCUCCUUGCUGAGUGAGAGGCAGAAACUAGAGGAUGUCAGCUAUUCCUCUCGCUACGCCUUGGGGCUUUUCUACAAAGCCAGCGUGCAGAUCAGCGUCCCCUGGGUGGCCAAGUAUGUCUCCAAUAAUCCCUGCAUUCGCUACAUCGCUACAGAUGAUAAAAAGCGCAAUUUAGUGUCGGAAGAGUUUGGUCCCACUGUGGUGGUGCACACCAGUGUGCCUUUUGGCAUAGAGCACAUGGAGGAGGCAACAGAGGAGGUCCAGGCCAUAAUCCUGCAAGAGCUGCAGAAGGUGAUGCCAGGCCUCCCUGAACCUGAAACCAUCAAGUGCCAGAAAUGGAGAUACUCCCAGGCCCAACUUUUUUCUGAUUUGGGGUUGUAUAUGACUCUUUGUUGGAUCAGCUGAACACAUCACCACUGAAUUGAAACAUCUCCUCAGUGUAGGCAUGAGUCAAACCCAUUGGCCAGGUGUUGGCAAAGCUAUGUGCCGUCUGCUUCAGUCUGCCAGGCCAGGUUUGUAAUCAGGCUGUUACUAUGUGUGCUCUCCUAAGCCAAUGUAAAACAUAGUGAGUGGCCCCUGUAAUGCUGAGCCAGACCCACAUUACACCCAGACAUACUGAAACUACCUGUAUGAUUAAAAAACAGUCUUGCUUCUAUGGUGUAAUCAUAUGAAUAGACUUAUACAAGUAAUUACGCAUCUGCAUCUUGUCCUUGUUCAUUGAUUUUACUGUAUGCUUUACAAAUGAACUGUUGUAUCACUUAUCACAGGUCUGGAAUAUCCUCUUACUUUUUUUUCAGUUUCUUUAUCAUUUAUGCCCCUAUUGUCAUAUUUUUCGAGUUUAUGUGAAUAUACACCAUGAAUGUAUCUACUGUAUCAUGGUAAAAAGCACACAAACACUCUGUCAAAUAUGAGUCAGCUCUGUAACACGAGCUUUCAAGGCUGUAUGUAGGCACAGUGUAUUUGGGACAGUAGUGUACAAUCCCACUCAGUAGGAGCACAAUAUGGACGUUACAUCAGCUAUUGGAAGCCGAAUUGUUAGUGCAGCACUAAUGCAGCGUACGCUCAAUUGUGGCUUUAGGUGACAAGAUCAGUGGCUGACUGCCCGGGGCAGAUGACACUGCUCACCAAGCCUCUGCUGGUGUGUGGGGGCGACGGCUUCACACACU